CUUAUUGAUUUUUUCCUUUAUUUUAUAGCAUUAAUUUAGUAUAUUUUUCUAUGUUUAGGUUCUACCUACAUACUGUAUAAUAUAGGUUCAUGCAGUAGGGAUGUACAACAAUGGUGUGCUUGUUGGUAAUUGGGUUGAAGAACGUCUAAAAAAUGAAGAUGACUUCAAGUUCUUUUUGCGGAAACGGGACAGACGUGAACUGCUGUUGCAAAAAGCACGGACUUUAUACAGCAAUUUGCUGAAAGAGAGGCCACUAGCCAUCAGUGGAAAUUAUGCGUUGUAUGGAUAUAAUGUCCAGAUAAUUGCUCCGGAUAUGCCAGUGAAGCGUGGCGGCGCGGAGCACUACGGGCUGGCCCUGUCCAGCCAAGUGGGUGCGAGGGAAGUGGACUGUGAGCAGAACAUAUACGACGGCUGCCUUAUGACGCUCAGCCCGCUCACUACGCCAUGUUGCCGGAAUACUUUCGUCAUACUCAGCAUUGAAGACGAAUCCAUACGUGGUGAGAAAGUUAAUUAUGGAGACCAAUUUUAUUUGAAGGCAGAAAAUUACGGAGACCCAGAUGCGCCGCCGCUCUACGUCAGAUACCAGAACUCCAUUGUUCCGGAGCCGUCAAACCGGAUCCCCAUCCGACUGAGCGCCAACCGAGAUACCAACUGCCGCUGGACCUCCAUACCAUUGCUGCCUCGCGACCGUCUUGAAGGCAUAGGCAAACCUAUUGAGACUGGCAAGAAGCUUAUCAUAAAGAAUUGCGUUGCUGAUAAGAAUUUGAGUGUUAUGUACCAAAAUUGGAUGCAAACUUUCUUUGGGAUGGAAUGCGGCGUGACGUGUCGGGACUUCAUCGACGUCCACAAGCGGUUCACGGCCGAAAACAUAUUCACGCUAGUGAGCGACGUUGCGACGAAGAAGAAGGAAUAGGCGUCCAUUUUCUGUUGAAUCCGCUACUUUUUAAUAUUAAUAAACGCUUUUGAA